AUGAAGCUUGACUCGGGUAGGGACUGCUACUUUGGAAACCUCCAGAGGUGCCGAAGGAUCUUCCAACAAAGUGUUCGCUAUAUCUUCCUCCAAAACAAAACCUCUAUUGCUUCAAAAGGUGGUCUUUUCCAUAAGGUAGGAGAUGAGGUUCCGGGUAUACUUCCUAGCGUUGGGAACGCAGGAGGACAUUUCGCACGAGUGGAAGUACCCGAUUUUACACACUCGAAUAAGCUAGAGGAGUCGGAACCAGAAGACGUCUUAACACGAAUCUUUGGGAAAGUGGACACAGCAGACCAAGCCCCAAAAGAGGUUGCCGAGCUCAAAGGCGCUCCCCCAGAGCUGGAAGAUGGAGGGCAAGCCACUGUCGAUGAACUAAUCAAGAACCCAGGCCAACCUACGCCUUCAAAGAAAGCCUAUUUGAGACUAAGGCGGGUUUGGAUCGAAAUGGAAUCCCCCAACUCCCAGCUUCUAGCCCUCUCUUUGCGGGCAUUUUCCUUCCUUCGACGAAGCCCGUGGUGGAUAGGUCUAGUUCGAAGCAAGCUCACCAGGCUCCCCCGCCCCCUUCUUAGCUCUCUUCUUCCAUCGGCUCUUCUUUCAUCUGGAAGAAUUGGUCCUUUCCUGUUGGCGAAUCUCCUUGCUAUUGUUGUUUCAAAUAUAUAUCCCAUUCCUGCCUGUCCUGCGGUACCAGCUCUUGGUCUUGAUGUGGCUCUUUCGGAAGUUGCGGAAGAUAGUAUAGAUGCUCCUGUUCUUUCUGCGGCAGUUGUGGAUGCGCUUUACUUCUUUCUGAGUAUCCCAGUGCAGCUGUCUUGUUCAAGCUAUGGAUCUUAUAAGAGAAGGAGUGUGAAAGCUAGCUCUUGA